UUGAUAAUAACAACGAAUGAAUGGUCGACUGAGAAAGCCUAACCGAUUGCGUACGAGUUGGCUUGAGUAUAUUAGAUCUAGGCAUUGAACGCCAUCUAUUAAUAUGAUUCGCGAUUGCUGCAUUCUUUGCACAAUGAGUCUCUAUCAUUAAACAAAGAAAAGUAUUUAUUUAAAAACUUAUGCGUUAAAAGAGUUAUUACUAUAUAAUAUCUUUAUUAUUACUUAAAUUUCCAUUUGCAUAACGCUGAAUGAUGUGUCGAGAAAAGCAGGUUUGAAAUGUUUUAGAAAUAAAGAUUUGAUUUAUUUUUAAUUCAUAAAGACAAAAAUUGUACCUUUCAUAAUAAUCGAUAAAACACAUUUUUAGAUAAUUUUGUUGUUUCUUUUCAUUUUAUUAUGGUAAACGUUUAUGCACGUUUAAAGAGUCAUCCAAGUAAUACCUCGGGCAAUUUUAUUUAUCGUUUUCACCUCUCUGUACUUGGAAUAAUUAGAUGUCAACUUUCAUGAGCUCCUUCCCCACUUGAUAAUGUACUCGUAUCAAUAUUUUUAUCAUAAUACAAAAUUAUUUUAAUAGUGAACGAAUACGAAAUCUUAUUGUAGUUGAUCUAUCACAGCUUUUUUUUAAAGAAUUUCAAUACUUGUGCAUAAAGUCACUUGAUCAAUUGAUUUAAAAAACAAAAAAUAAUCUUGUUGAUUUGCUCUGUGAUAUUAAUGUAUUAGUAUUUUGAUUUAUUGCGCUACAAUAAAAUCAAAAAGAUUUCACCAUCGUCUUGUGAUUCUUACCCUUCCCUGAAUCAUUAAUUGUCAUUAUUGCCUGACAACCUCGUCUAAACUUGAUGACUUAAUAUUUGAAUGAUCCCGGAAAUAUGCAUGAUAUUAAAAAAUGAAAUUACCUUUAGUUGUUCCGUCUGUCUCCAUUAAUCAUUUUAAUUGAUUUUAGGCAGACAAUCUUCCUCGUGAUUUAAUAGCUGUACAAAAUGAAAAUGAACAUUUACGAAAUCAACUCAAUCAAGCACAAAUUGCCCUUGCUGCAUCACGUAUUGCUCUUGCUGCAUCACGUAUUGGUAGAUUUUGUGAUCGACUAGAAUAUAAGAGAAAAAUAGAUGAAGUAGGAAAUAAAACAUAA